AUGGCUUCGUCUUCGAACAAUCAGCUCUGUCCGGAUUGGGUAUUUCUCAACCUUUCCAACGUUCACGUCGCUAAAGAUCGUGAUUGGUUCACUUCUUACACUCCAUUCGAAUCUACGCUUGCAUCUCUGUAUGGUGGAUCAAACAUGCGCAUCCUCGGCAUCGGUACCGUUCACAUCCCCGUCAAGCAAACCCCGAACAGUACUUCCACCACGCUAUGGAGACUUGAAGACGUCCUACAUGUCCCUGAUUUCGUCUGCAAUGCGCUUGGCGCACCUCUCGUCGAUAAAUAUGGUUACACCUUUAUAUGGGGAGGAGACAAAACAAGUAAGGGCACCAUCCGCAACGACUUGGACCAACAGAUUGCAUAUUUCCUUGCUAAACGACCGCUAUAUGUUCUCGCAAUCGAAGCCCCAGAGGGCAAGCAGCUAGGACCGCCCGUCAUUGUGGAAGGCAAAAACUGGAUGAUCAACUGCCGCUGGGAGGAUACAGAGAGGAAGAAGUGGGAAGACUAUCGGGAUGCCCAGAAGAACGAGGCGGUCGAUGCUAGAGAGGAUGGCGUAAACAGUGGGUACACAGAUGCAGAGAAAGACUUCGCGAAGCAGCACUGGGGUAGCGAAUACAAGUUUCUCACGGUCCACGGACUGAGCAUCUACAAAGAAGAGGACCGCGAGCAGGGUCGUAUUAUCUUGAGAACGCUUAUAAGCAACGAGGAGUAG